AGAGUUGGAUGGAUCAGACGUAUCACUCAAAACAGUGUUCAAUGAUGUUGCUUCUCGGCUUUCUGAUAACGUUAUCAGCAUUCACCUCCACCUUUGCCGCGUGCCGUGUCUAUUUGAAUGGGAAUCUAACAAAAGACCAUGCCCCAUUGAUUCUACAUGCUUCGAGCGGUGAGUAUAAACUGCUUUACCCACUAGGUGCAUUUUUCGAAUGGCGUAAGUCACAGAAAGCGCUUCUUGGAUGUUCUUCCAACAAAAACGUUCUCGUCGACACUGAAUCAUCGCACGCUACUUUCGCAUGCGUCGAAGGUCAGCGGUUCCGUCUACCAAACUCCACGACAGUUAAAUCGUUUAGCGAUAUAAGAUGCAGAUCGACAGUAUCGAGUUCGCUAAAACCUCGAAAUAUUGUCUGUGCUAACGGCACAGGUCGAGUGUACGAUGUGGGAUUCGAAGUUAACGGAUUUCCUUUCAUAAAAUAUUUUCACACUUGUUAUGAUAAUGAAAAAUCUUCAGCAAUAUAUAGCGAACAUUUCCUGUCCGGAAGGAGUUUGAAUUACGCGGAGAUCAAUAAUAAUCGGCCAUCGUUUAAACUUGGAGGAAUGACAUCGAAAGUGAGGUUAGCGUCUGUUUACACACAGAAUCAUCAGUACGAACGAUUUGAGAAGGUUUUAGGUUCGUCAGCACAAGCAUCACGAUACGUCAACUCUUCUUCAUAUCUAGCUAAGGGUCAUCUAACUCCGGAUGGUGACGCAAUUAUGAAUAACUGGGCAGCAGCAACAUACUUUUUCAUAAACGUAGCUCCGCAGUGGCAAAUUAUCAAUGCUGGCAACUGGUUGCGUAUAGAAAAUGCCGUUCGGAAGGUUGCAAUCCGUCUAAAUGACACUGUACGCAUCCUCACUGGAGUACAUGAGGUACUAGAACUACCAAAUACUGAAGGUCGACUCGUUACUAUUACUUUGAGCGAGAAUUGUUUAGUUGAAGUCCCAAAGUGGCUAUGGAAGGUCGUAAUCCAUGAGCCCAGCAACGCUGCAGUUGUUUUCAUCACCUCGAAUAAUCCGUUUGCAAACGUUUCUGAAAUCUUAUGCGAAAACAUAUGUUAUUUACAUGGUUGGCACCAAGCGGAGUACCUGGAUUAUCGGAAAGGGUUUACGUACUGUUGUAGUUUAAUAGAUGCUCGAAAAGUUAUUCAUUCUCUACCUGUUACGAGCAAUACACCAACAAUUUUAGAACCGUAAAACAAAGGAAUAAUCCUCAAUUCAAUGAGAAAGCAUAUACCUUAUUCAUAGCAUUCAAUAUAUUUGUAAUAUAUUGAAUAGCAUUCAAUAUAUAUCAACGACAGCAUUCAAUACAUUUUGCUGCUUCAAAUUAGCAUGAUAUAAUUACUGAUUAAUGUUGCCCAGGUGUCUUCUGAGGUGGUGACUACGUUUGACAUGGAACGCUUUAUAGAAUACUCCUUUGGGCCUCUUUUCAACUCGAUAGCUUAUCAAAUCACCCAUGACUGAAGAUCUCUAGAACUCUGUUUUUCUGAACCAACGAAGAUUUAUUCAAAUGAUUGUAAAUGAUUUGAAAAGAGUACCUCUCUAUAAUACUAUUUCAACUGUGUAAUUUGAAAAUCCGAUAGCAGACACAAAAUUUACAUUUAAAUUACCUUCCUUUCAUUCGCAUCUAUGAUAAGGUUCACGCAAGCAACAAUAAAAUAUGCGGCAUGGUUUUUAUCGUUUUUAUUUGCCUUGUUGAUCCAAAGAACCUUGCCUGCUGAUCUUGCCUGGGAACUGAGUUUCUUCUCGAAUACUUUGAAGGAUCGUUUUGAUAACUGAAUAGUACCGGAAAACACUAAACGCAAUGUCCAUAGGGAGAGAAAAAUCAUUACUGUACCGGACAGAGACAGUCCAACUACCAGUCGGAAAAUAACCUUUCUUUUCUUUUAUAUUUUUUAAUAACGUUGUUUUUGUCCAGCUUGCCAUACCAACGUUACGUGAAUUAUGUUUUCACUCCCAUCAAUCAUUGGAAAAUUGUUCAUUCGAAUGCAAUAAAUCAAUCCCUUUCGAUUCGUUUUCAAUGAUAAAAAUUAACAGUAUUUCUAUAAAAUCUAAAUCGUCAUGAACAUACAAGAAGUACAAAGAUGUAAAACGUUUCCUUCCUUUGUAGUGACAAAUGACCUGAAAAUAACUAUAUAACCCUUGCCAUGUUUAUAUAUAUAUUUAUAUCCGUUGUAAACCAAUGUAUUCACUGUUGAUCAGAUAAAAUAAGAUAAUAACAUGUAAAUAUAUUUA